AUGAUUCGGGAAAAUAAGAUUGGCAAGGGUGGCGGUCAGUCUGACAAGACCAAAGUGGUGGUCCGCCACUUGCCGCCGGGGAUAUCUCAGCCGAUGUUCGUCGAGCAAAUCGACGUUGUUUUCUCUGGCCGUUACAACUGGCUCUCCUUUCGUCCUGGCAGCCAGAAGCAUCAAUCCUAUUCUAGAGCCUAUAUUGACUUCAGAAGGCCCGAGGAUGUUUUUGACUUUGCUGAGUUCUUUAAUGGUCACCUAUUUGUUAAUGAGAAAGGCACUCAGUUUAAAGCUAUUGUUGAGUAUGCUCCUUCACAACGUGCCCCAAAACAGUGGUCCAAGAAGGAUGGUCGUGAAGGCACCAUAUUAAAAGAUCCUGAGUAUUUGGAGUUCCUUGAAUUUAUUGCCAAGCCUGUUGAGAAUCUUCCCAGCGCUGAAAUACAAUUGGAGAGAAGAGAAGCAGAAAGAGCUGGUGCUGCAAAAGAUGCUCCUAUCGUUACUCCAUUAAUGGACUUUGUUCGACAGAAAAGAGCUGCUAAGAACGGACCUCGGAGGAUAUUGUCCAAUGGGAAACUGAGCAGAAGGGCUGGUGGCAGUGGAAGUCCUAGCUCAUCCUCAUCGAAACGAGGUUCCGAAAAGAAGAGAACAAUGAAUUUGAGCCUGGUAUACUCUUCAUCCCUAGCAAUGCUUGAUAAUUUUGGGGCAUGGGAUUUAAACAAGCUUUGCAAGUAUCAUGUGCUCACUGGAAAUGGUAAAUGUGAGGAAUGCCUAAUAUUGGACAUCAGAAAGUAUGUUUUAAGGGACACUGCAAAAAGCUCAAGUGGAAAAGACAAAUCAACUUAUGUGCAUGUUCCCAAGCGAGAUGAUCAUCAACUUUCUAAAGCUGUAACUUUGGGUUCUGGAUCUGGUAUUGAAGUAUUAGAAGAUGAAAGCGGAGUUUCUGGAAUUACUGAUACUGGGAAGAAGAAAAUCCUGCUUCUUAAAGGGAAAGAGAAGGAAAUUUCACAAGUUACUGGCACCAUGUCCCAGCAACAGAGCAUAUCAUCAUCUGAUAAAAAUACAGUUAGUUCGACGGCUCUAAAGAGCCAGCGGCGUGAAGCCAGUGGAAGUGGAAGGAUAAUCAGAAGCAUACUCUUAAACAAGGAUUCACGUCAAAUUCAAUCCUCCGGAGUCCAGUCUGAGCCACAGAUGCAAACCAUAAAUCUUGACAAGGACAAACGUCCUCCUCGGCCCCAACACGCACAGUUGGUUUCGAAGGAUGCAAAUGGAACACCAGAUGACAAGGUUGUUGGGAAUGAUUCCCAUGGUUUUCCAAAUGAGAAGCAGGAAAGGCGCACCAGAAAUAAGGAUAGACCUGAUCGUGUAGUGUGGACUCCUCUCCGCAGAUCAGAUGGAUCCUAUGCAAGUGAUGAAUCCUUGUCAUCAUCUGCAUUUCAAUCUACACAGUCAGUGUUUGAUUCUUCACAAGGAAACCAUGGAGAUGCAAAAGUUGACACCUUAAAUUUAAGGAGCGGAGAAAUAAAAGCACUUGGAGGUGGGCGUAGUAAUCAUUCUUCUUUAGAUAAUGGAUCGCAUAAACAUUUUGGUCGUCGGGGACCAUCACAUAUUGUGAGGGAUGCUGAUGGCUCCACUGUUGAGGGGAAGACUCUUAAAAGAGGUGGUGCUUCUGGUUAUGGCUCCCAUGAGGUGCUUACACGUGUGAAGUAUCAGCAGUGGAUAAGGUUUUUCUUUGGGAAACCUAGGAGAAAAUGCAAAGUUGACAUCAACGAUGCAGGUAUUGAUGCAAUUAAUACUUGGGUUGAUGAGAUCCCGAUCUUAUUCAAAGACGGCUCGGAAUAG